CUGCACAGGACGCAGAUUUCACCACGUGUGAACAUCCCCCAAAGAAGGGUUGCACUUUCUAUGGAAAGCUGAGAACUUACUCCCUGUAUAAUAGCUUCCAUAAUACAUGAGCCCCAGUGGUUCCCAUACACGGGUAUCCUAUACUGCCACAUCCGUCUAUUACCCCCCAGCCAGCGUCCCCUGCAGCGCCGUGCACAUGGCCGCCCUGUGGAGGUGACCUGCUGUGUACAGCACACCGCCCUCCCUCUCUUUACGGCUCUUUCUUCCAGAUAGCGGUGCGGGCAGGAGGAGGAGGAGGGGAUGAAGAAACACAUGGCGGGAGCAGAUAACCCGCCGGCCUCCCGCACACACCGGCAGCUGUAAACCCUAGUCUCGGACGUCGUGACCUGCGGAGGGCGCUGUCUUCUGUUCUCGGCGGUCAGAGGAAGCACAGAGGAGUCCUGCGCGCGGUGCACUGCACAGAGGGCAGCAUGGGGCAGAGGGGCUGCUGGCUGAUGGGAGUUGUUGUCCUGACUUUCCUGCAUGUUUCUAUAUCGUCUAAACUGAAUAUCCCCAAAGUGCUGCUGCCCUUCACCCGAGGGACCAGGAUAAACUUCACCCUGGAGGUGACUGAGGGCUGCUACAAGUGGUCAUCAACCAGACCCGAAGUUGCCAGUAUUGAACAUGUAAACAUUGACGACGGUCAGUGUUCACAGCGGGCCAUGGUGCAAGCUCGUGCAACCCACCCCACACGGCUAACCAGUAUCAUUUUUGCAGAAGACAUAUACACUGGACAGGUCCUUCGAUGUGAUGCAAUUGUGGACAUAGUUCAUGACAUUCAGAUUGUCUCAACCACAAGAGAACUUUACCUGGAGGAUUCGCCGCUGAAGCUUAAAAUACAAGCUUUAGACUCUGAAGGUAAUACGUUCAGUACGUUAGCUGGCAUGGGCUUUGAAUGGACAAUGGUGAAGGAUGCCGAUGUGGACGGCUACUCUGAUUCCCAUAAUACAUUGCGAAUCCUCAAGUUCUUGGAGUCUACCUAUGUGCCGCCAGCCUAUAUAUAUGAGAUGGAAAAAGUAGCAAAACAGGGGGACACAAUUUUGGUGUCUGGAAUGAAGACUGGAAGCUCUAAACUCCGAGCAAGAAUGUUGGAAUCAGUCUAUGAGAAUGUGAAACCCGCGGAGGUCAGACUCCUUAUUCUAGAAAACAUUCUCCUGUAUCCGGCUUCUGAUAUUUAUCUACUUGUCGGAUCCUCUAUACGAUACAAAGUGCAGAAGGUCAAGCAGGGGAAGAUCACUGAUUUAGCCAUGCCAUCUGAUCAAUACCAUUUACAGCUCCAAAACCAUAUUCCUACCCAUGUGGAGAACAAGGAUGCACCGGUAGCUAAGCUGGACCAGAGAACCUCCACGGUCACUGCCUUGCAGAAGGGUCAAACCAGCAUUGUGCUGCUUCAUAAAAAUAUUCGUAUGCAAGGUGCCUCAAGGCUGCCGAAUGGUACAGUCAUCGUGGUUGAACCUGGAUAUUUAGGUUUUACUGUCCACCCUGGUGAUAGGUGGGUUCUUGAAACUGGACGAUAUUACGAAAUAACCAUUGAUGUGUAUGACAAGUCUAGUAAUAAGGUCUACUUAUCAGAUAAUAUGCGUAUUGAAGCGAAGAUACCUAAAGAAUACUUUGAUGUUCUGGAAUCAUCCCUGAAUGGUUCAUACCAUCGCGUGAAAGCCUUGAAGAGCGGUCAAACAAUUAUUGAUGCAGCUCUAACGUGUGUGGUUGAUGAGGAUGGGGGUGUUCAUGUGUUACCAAAUCCAGUGAGGAAUCAGCAGGAAGUCGAGAUCUACCCACCAAUUACUCUGUCACCCAAAAUCCUAACUUUUCCCUGGCAGCCAAAACCCGGAGCCUAUCAGUAUACAAUUCAGGUGCAAGGUGGAAGUGGCAAUUUCACAUGGUCUUCCACUAAUAAUGCUGUGGCCACUGUGACCGUCAAAGGUUUGAUGACAACUGGAGAUGACAUUGGUGUCAGUGUCAUACGCGCUCGAGAUGUUCAGAACAUUCUACAUUAUGGAGAAAUGAAGGUAUUUGUCAUUGAACCCACUGGCAUGCAAUUCAUACCUUGCCCAGUGGAAGUCAGACUGGGGAAACAACUUCAGCUGCCUCUCAGGAUAUUUGGCGUCUUAAAUGGAGACAACAAAGUGGUAACACUUAGUGACUGUUCGCACUUUGACUUGGCUGUAGAAAUGGAGACGCCUGGGAUAUUUAAGAUACUGCCAGGAAGACUCAAGCCUGGCGCUGACUAUUGUAGCGGUAUUACAGUUGAAGCUGAAACACCAGGAUACACAACUAUAUUUGUCAGCUACACACACAGUCAUGUACAUCUUAAAGCUAAAAUCAUUGUGGCUGCCUACCUACCAUUGAAGACUAUUGACCCACAAUCAGUAGCUCUGGUUACAUUAGGUUCAUCGAAGGACAUGGUAUUUGAAGGAGGGCCCAAGCCUUGGGUCCUCGAACCUUUAAAAUUCUUCAGGAAUAUAUCUGCAGAAGAUAAGGACAGCAUUGGUCUGUUUCUGCUUGAUACCCCAUUAUCCCGCAACCAUUUCCAGCACUGGGUUAGAACUGUUUGCAGAGACCUUGGUGAACAGAUAGUGUCACUUUCUGUUGGAAACCAGCCCACCGAGACCAACCCAUUUCCAGCAGUUGAGAGUGUUAAUGUGAAGCUGGCUUGUGCUCCUCCAUCACGAUUUACUGUGACUCCUGUGUACAAGCAUUCUCAUAUGGAUCUCAUCUGCCCCCUGAUGCAGCAAGAAAAGCAAGUGAUUCCAGUUUCCAACUAUCGUAAUCAGUUGCUGCAGUUAUCGGCCUAUGAUCACCAUGGUAGAAAGUUUGAUAACUUUACUUCUUUAGCUGUUGAGUGGGAUUCGUCCAAGGUGCCCUUAGCCAACUUUGAUGCUUCAAAACCAAUGGAGUAUAUUCAGAAAGAAGAUGCAGGCGGUCAGAGGAAGAUGCAUGGCCUGAACACAGUUCAUGUUCAUCAGGUAUCGGGGACAGCAGUUAUUACUGCCACAGCAAAUAAUUACCAGGAGUCUCAUCUCAGAGCUGCCAACGUAAGAACACUGAUUAAAACACUCACACCAGUUGCUGCUAGUCUAGAGCUUCUACUUGUGGAGGAUGUGAGGGUGAACCCGGGAUCAAUUUCCAUCUAUAAUCAUCCAAGUGUCACGGCUGAAUUCACCAUCGUGGAGGGGUCUGGGUAUUUCUUCAUUAACAGCAGUGUUCCCAAUCUUAUUGAUACAACUUUUCAAGAAUCUAAAGGAGUAGUGACGGUUUAUCCUUUGCGUCCAGGAACGCUAUCUGUCAUGGUUUACGACCUUUGUCUGGCUUUCCCUGCCCCAGCCACCGUUAACGUUCAAGUGUCGGAUAUCUUCCAGGUGGAUGUUCGGGUGGUUGACAAGGUAGAAAUUGGGAAGACUGUUAAAGCCCAUGUGAGGGUCCUGGACUCCUCUCAAAAGCAAUUUCUUGCUAAAUAUUUUACCUAUAUGAACUUGGAGCUGGGAUCGUCCUCACAAAUUGUGUCGAUCAAAGCCCUGAGUGAAAACGUGGAUGAAUUUACAGCUGUCUAUGCUGUCAAAGGUCUCGCCAUAGGACAGACAAGUCUCACUGCAUCUGUUGUUGACAAAGCUGUUAACAAAAUAGACUCUUCACCUAGACCAUUAGAGGUAUUCCCUCCAUUCCAACUUUUGCCGAGACGAAUUGUACUCCUUAUUGGUGCUACAAUGCAGAUAACGUCAGAAGGAGGUCCACAGCCUCAGUCCAACAUCAUCUUCUCGAUCACUGAUCAUAAUGUCGCCUCUGUAAACAGUAAUGGAUUGGUGAAAGGGGCAAAAGUGGGAAAUGGUACCGUGACGGGCGUCAUUCAGGCGGUUGAUACGGAAUCUGGAAAAGUGGCCAUAGUUUCUGAGGAUAAAGUACAGAUUGAGGUAAUUCAGCUAAAAGGUGUCCGGAUUCAUGCCCCAGUCACCAGAAUGAAGAGUGGCACACAGAUGCCGGUUUAUGUUAUGGGAAUAUCUAGCAGCCAAACACCGUUCACCUUUGGUAAUGCUGUUCCUGGUCUUACUUUCCACUGGUCGGUGAUAAAACGGGAUUUUAUAGAGGUGAAGAGCAGGCAUGAUGAGGCAUCUAUUAAUCUACCAGAACAAUACAACUUCGCUAUGAAUGUUUAUGCUAAAAUGAAAGGAAAAACUGGGCUAAGAGUAACGGUACGAGUAACAAACACUUCAGCAAAUCAGUUCUUUGGCCAGACACGGGAAUUCUCAGAUGAGGUUCAGAUUCAGGUGUUUGAACGAUUACAUUUAAUAAACCCAAGCAUAGAAGCUGAGCAGAUACUUAUGUCUCUGAAUUCUAACUUGAGGCUGCAAACAAACAGGGACCAAGCAGCCACUGUUAAUUACCGGCUACUGAAUGGGCCAAACAAGUCACCGGUCGUACAGGUGGACAGUAAUGGUCUUCUGACCUCAGGCUCUCUCACUGGAGUUUCUACCAUAGAGGUUAUUUCUCAGGAACCCUUUGGAAUCAACCAAACCAUUAUUGUGUCAGUGAAGGUAUCACCAAUUUCAUAUAUGCGCAUUGUGACCAGCCCAGUUAUACACACUGAAAGCGGCCAUUUACUGUCUGCAAUUCCUCUGGGGGCUACUUUGGGUUUCUCAGCCCGUUUCCAUGACAACACAGGCGAGGUCUUCCAUGCACAGAAUUCCAUUCUCAACUUUGCAAUUAACAGGGACGAUUUUAUACAGAUUGGAAAGGGGUCCACAAAUGACAGCUUUAUUAUGCGCACAGUCAACGUUGGUUUUACAAUAUUUAGGGUAUGGGAUACUGAGAAUUCUGGAAUUUCCGAUUAUGUUCCUAUCCCUGUACAGCACAGCAUUUACCCAGCUGUGAAGGAAGAAGCUGUAGUUGGUGAUGUAAUAUGUUUUGCGUGCGCAAUAACUAGUCAGGAAGGGUUGACUGGGACCUGGAGCUCUUCCUCUAGUGCCGUUCUACAAAUUGAUCCUAGAUCUGGUGCUGCUUUAGCUAAGGAACCUGGACUUGCUACUGUAUAUUAUGAAAUUCCAGGGUUGCUGAAGACGUACCGAGAGGUGCUAAUACGCUCUCCACAGAGAACACGGGUUGUGGAUGCAAACGGAGAGAAAAUCAAUUUGCAGUCUGCAGAUAGUCUUAAAUUUCUUGUUAAUAUUGGGCAAAAUGGCAACAAUUUGAAAGGGGAAUGUUCUUCUGCCCAGAUUGAAGCAAUUCAAGAUCUUCACCCAGGGAAUCUCAUCCAAUGCCACCUGCAUUUUAAAGAUCAGAAUCCUGAUGUUCCACCUCCUGAAAUAUUUUCUGUUAAGACAGGAUUUGAUGCAGAGACAGGUCACUACACCUGUUCCCUCUCAAGACAGCAGCUAUCAGAGAGCCAGCUAAAACAUCUCAGCAUGGGGGACACGUCUCUUACUGUAACAGCCUCCGUGCUUGGGAAUCAUGUCUACAGAGAGCAGAUCAGUGUGCUCGUGUCUGUUUACCCCGGGUUUUAUGCCAAUCAGAAGGAAAUAGUUCUAAGUAAUCAUUAUACAACAGCCGACAUUAAGAUAUUUGGAGCUGCUGAAGUUUUGAACAGUCUGGAGGUAAAGGUUGGAUCUCCAGUGGUGUCUGUCUAUCGAAAAGAAAAGUCGUCUGGAGUUCCCAGUUUUGUAACCUAUGAAAUUGGCAUUACUGAAGUACAGGCUUUAAACCAGGGAUCAUUUUCCACAUCGCUUUCUGUUUCCAGUUACAUUUCAGGCCAAACCCUAGAUGUUCCCAUCAGACUGAUGGCAGCAACUGGCCCAGCAUAUGUGCCUUACACCGGGGAGCAUGGCUUCUACAAGACCUUUAUGGACUCUUAUCCCGUGUUCUUCUUCACCUUGUUUGCUCUGAUCGCCGGGGCAGCCAUUGCGAUCAUAGCUUUCUCACCAAGGGAGAGUGUUAAUCACCCAGCGUUCAUCUCCACCUCACCUCCUCGGUCUGCACAAAACAAUAGUUUUCAAUCUGGAUCGCCAGCAAAUUAUUCCAAUCACCACAGUCCAAACUGGAAGAACCCCGGACUGUGGAGUCCAGACUAUGGUUCCAACUAAAGAAACAGGAUUUACCAAAGAGCAGAUCUAUUUAAUUUGAGUGCCUUUUGUAUUGCAUGUGUCGUGCAGCAUGAGGCUGACCUUUUUAUGCUUUGUUUGUCAUGUUUGAUGGUUGGGUUUAUGCACACAAGGCCAUUUUACUCUUCCCGAUACGUGCGAGUCCCACUGGGCUGCUUGGGCCAGUAUCCAUCAGACUAGAGGGGUUAAUAGAGCCAGUAGGAAACCUUCAGAUAUCGGCAGCCAUUGUCGGCGGCGUCCACUUGAUUUCAUUAAUGGAGAGUUAUGAUACUCGUUUGCGUUAACCCUUUGAUUGUUCGGUACGUUUAUUUUUUAUGAAGAUCAGAUGGAAUUGUUUUUUUUACUGUUGUAAUUUUAGUUGUUCGUUUCAAGAUUAUUAUUUUUUUCAUUCCUUAUUUCUCUCGUCUGUCUCUCUCUAAGACGAGAUUUGUGUUUUUGUAAUUUUUGGUUGACUCUAUGACCACUUUGCCUUCAAGUAGAUCUUAGAUUGCUUUGUGCGUUACAGCUCGUUAUGUUUAUCUCAGGAAUAUUUUGCACUGAUUUAGUAACUGUAGCCUUGCAAUGUGAGCCUGACCAAUUGGAAAUGCAUAGCUGUGAAUUCAUCCUGUGCACAUUUAUCCCCUGGAGCGACAAGCAUGUCAAGGCCACAAGGCCCUGCUGUACUGCUAGCUUCUGGCUGCUCCACACGGUGUCGUUUUUUUAGUGCUAAUGUGUGAGAGGUGUCGCGAUCAUAAAUUAUGUCGAGAAACCAAGAUCACCAGGAUCAUUUAGUAUUUUUCUGCAUGGGAGUAGACUGACCGGAUCUUCCCUGCUUAUCAUAAUUGAUUGGAUCUCCUGUAGUUUGCUUUGCUUGAUUUAGCCGAUCGUUAUUUUACAACUGGACAAAAUGUCAGUCAAAUCCAGAUGUUUUCUGAGCAGACAGAAGUCUUUAUAACAAAAAAAAAUUGCGGACCAGAAUAGGACAUGCUCUAUCCUUUCUGCGGAGCCGAGGAACGGAAAUAACGGAUGCGGACAGCACACGGUAUGCUGUCCGUAUCUUUUGUGGCCCCAUUGAAAUGAAUGCGUCCGCACCCGUUACGCAAUUUUGACUCAUACGGCCGUCUGAAUGAGGCCUAAUUCACACCAAAGCUGUGGAUUCCUAAGGCCCCUUUAAACUGGGCAGUUAUCGGGAAGGAGCGCUCCUAUCCAGUUAUAAUUGCCUUGCCUAAAGGCUCUGCCAAUUGCAAACACUCAUUCAUCGGGUGAAAGCAUCACUGGUGUUGUCACCUUGAACAAUAGUUUCUGAUUCUUGCCUGCCAUGUUGGCCCAUGUAAAAGGGCCUUUAAAAAAGCACAUUGGCAUGGAGAUAAUGAAGUCUCAUAAAGAAAUAGUUCUCCUCAAUAAAGUGGCUCUUUUCUUAUUGAUAAUGCACAUCAAUAAGACUAGGACUCUGUUCACACAGUGAUUUUCGGUAAAAUCACUGGUUAUUGCACCUGUCACACAAUCCCACUGAUUCCCUGUAGGGGGAAAUUGCAAAAAUUCUGACAUCAAUCAACCUUGUUCCCCUCAUACAUCAAGACUGUGGUUCAUGUGAGGCUAGUUUCACAUCUGCGGCCUGUUCCGGCAGAAAACAGCCCGCUGGACUUCUCUAGUAUACUGCUCUCUGGUCACUAUUGACUAUAAUGGGGUUUGGCAGAGAUCUGGCCGCUACCCCGCAAAUAUGCGCCAGGAAUCGCUCGGACAAAAGCAGCCGCGUGCAACGUUUUUGUCUGGUCGAUUCCCAGCUUUCUAUGCCGGAACAGCCUGCUGGAUAGAUAGUUUCCCAUCUACGGCUGUACUAUCACAACCUGUGAUUUAUACCAUAGAGAAAUAGUACUAGUUACAUAUUACUUACAUUCCAAUAUCUAUACUUGUAUACCUCACCCUUGUUACUCUAUUGCAUAUCUUUUCCAGAUAUCAUCACCUACCUGUUUAAUUGCGUUUUUUAAUAUUACCAUGCGACUGACAAUUCAUACUGGACAAAUGAUGCAACAUUUUGCCCCAAAUUGUGAAGUUAUGGGGGGGGGGGGCUCAGACCCCUUAUGAUAAGCCUGCCUCUAAGGAACUCUGAAUAUGAAGUAACCUUUAAAUGUGAAUACCUAUGGAGAGGUUCUAGAGCCCAUGAUACAUAGGUCUACUGACAUUCGGCACCAUAUGUCUAUACUGCCAUGUUUAGUACCUUGUCUAGUGCGUAUGGUUUAUUUUAUACACAGGCUUCCAUCUGAUCGUUUUGUUUUCUUUUAGGUGAUAAUUGUACUGUGCAAUGAAGUCCCACAAGAGAUGCACAGUUUAAUUUUAAUGCAUACUUCUUGUACUAUUAUUGAUUUAGAGGGCACAGUGAUAUCGCGUGUUAAAACUGCUUAAAUAAUUCAGUCUGCCAGUUUUCAAGAUAAUAAAAAUUUCAUGGCCCAUCACUUUUGUACUGGCGUCAUGUGAAAGGGAUCACUGUAAUGUGUGUGAUGGGAGGGAUACAAUGUGAAAAAUGUGCUGAAAAAAUGUCUGAAGCUUCUGCUCAGGAGCUAGUGAAGUGUUCUCUGCUCAAAUACCUCAAGUUGUUUUUUUCUUUUUCUUUUUUUUGUCCUAAAGAUCAACCACAGUGAAUAUUCACACAACAAUGUCUGUUCUUUUUAUACUAAAAUCGCGCACGGUCAUCGUUUUUGUUUUGCUUGCUGUUGUUAAUGCCAUUUGUGCCUUAUUUUUACCAUGUCAGCUGCAUUGCAACUUUCCUUUGUAAAAUAAACAGUCUCUUAGUA